AAUACUGUUGAGGUUGUCUGUAAGACAGUCAAGCUACAUUGUGACAGUGCAUGUCUGACAAAUGGCACACGUUGUGAGCAGGAAGUAUACCUAAGGAAUGCAGAAGGAUCAUUCAUGAAGGUAUUGACAGCUCGAAAGAAGAGCGCCAGCACGGAGCUGACUAUUGAGCCAGAGAAGGCAUCCUCAGACAUAGAUCGUGUCAGUUUGUCAGCCUUUAUGAAUGAGCAGCUAGACUUCAAUGACGAAAGUGAUGUCAUUAGUGCACUGAAUUACAUAUUGCCUUAUUUCUCGGAGGGCAAUCUAGAAGACGUAGAAUCGACGCUGUUACCGUUGAUUAAACUUCUGUUUUCAAAUGUGCAAGAGGGAGACAAGCCCGUGGGUCACUCGAUGAACGACACAGGGGACCCUUCUCUUAAACCUGGAUCCAACAAUUCAACUUACAAGAAUAAACUGAGAAAACUCUACUUUCUGGAAAAUUUGUUAGAUGCAGAAAUUCAGGAAAAAAUUGAUGACGUGAAAAAGAAAGAAAAAAUGGCCAUGCUUAUACAUUCCAGCCUUUUAGGUCCCAAGUUUAAACGUCAAAUCUUUCCAAAGAAAUUGGAAACUGCCCAACCGCAGGAGAAGAGCCUAGACGAGGUUGAGAGUGUGGGGAAAAAGUCCCUGAGAGUGAACAAGGUCAUCAAGGGCCCAAAGGGCAUACGGAAAAGGCACUUAAAAGAACUGAGACAUCAGAACAUCCAGAGUAAACAGAACGCCCAGCCAUCUGUGGAGAACAUGGCCAAGGAAAGAAGGCUCAGGACACCAUCCCCAGGAGAGCUUCCCGUGGCGCACAGGCCCAGCAAAUCAGUGGGAAGCUCCUUCAAUCCAGAGCCUUCGUUCAUGGAUGAGCACAAGGCAGCGGUCUCUUCUCUCAUGAAGCAAUACUCUUUGGACAGGCCUUCUGCCACCCCCGCUCCCAAGGAAAGAAGGCUCAGGACACCAUCCCCAGGGGAGCUUCCCGUGGCGCACAGGCCCAGCAAAUCAGUGGGAAGCUCCUUCAAUCCAGAGCCUUCGUUCAUGGAUGAGCACAAGGCAGCGGUCUCUUCUCUCCUGAAGCAAUACUCUUUGGGCAGGCCUUCUGCCCCCCCCGCUCCAAAAUCCCCACCUGACGUGAAAAAAGAAUCAAAAGACUUAACGUACACCAUUUUUGUUCUAGAAGAUGCAAAUGCUAGAGUUAGAAAUAUGAAGGCUUUCGGACCAGCCUCACACCCCAGAAAGACACACCGCUUUCAUAAAAGUCGCUCCCGUGUGGUCCACAGAACACCCAAGGCCAAACCGAAUCGAAAGUCCAGAAAGGAAAGUUCACUCAGUAAUAGACAGCUGCUUGCAAAGAGGCCUCCAUCCUCUGCAGUCAGGAGCCUCAUAAAUUCCCCUUCACGAGAGGAUUUUUCAUCUCCGGGAGAACUGAGUCCUCAGAAAAAUCCUUUUCCAGAAUUAUUUGCUCCUUCAGGAACUUACAGAGAAAACGCUACUGUAGAGAACACUACUGCCCAAAAUGUUUCUGAAGAAAAUAUUUCUACAGGAAACACUACUGUGCCAGAACAAACCCUCCCUGAAUUCACAGACCGUAAGAAUCUUUCCACUGCUAAUUCUACUGUUACUGCAGACAACUCUAUGCCGACCGUUAAACAAACCAAUGAUACACAACGGGAAUACCACAAUGCGGGCACUGGCUUGCCCCCAAAAGCCACAGGCUUCACUGUGUCAAAGCUCUCGUCCUCAGGUGAUCUGUUUGAAAUUCAGUUAAACCAGCAGCUACAGUCCCUCAUCCCCAGCAAUGACGUGAGAAGGCUCAUUUCUCAUGUUAUCCGGACUUUGAAAAUGGACUGCUCUGAGACCCAGGUGCAGCUGGCCUGUGCCAAGCUUGUCUCCAGAACAGGCCUCCUGAUGAAGCUUCUCAGCGAGCAGCAAGAAGUAAAGGUGUCCAAGGCAGAGUGGGAUACGGACCAAUGGAAAAAUGAGAAUUAUAUCAAUGAGAGCACAGAAGUCCAGAGUGAACAGAGAGGGCAGGAGUCAAGGGAGCUCACAAAAGAAGUUCCAGGCUAUGGCUAUAACAACAAACUCAUCUUGGCAAUAUCUGUGACUGUAGUAGUGAUGGUUUUGAUCAUGGUUUUCUGUCUCAUUGAGAUUUAUUCUCAUAGAACAGCAGCCAAGGAAGGUAAAGAAGGAGGCUCAAGGGGCUUCUUUGGAUCUCUGCUGCGUAAGAGAUGCUCAGAGGAAAGUGACAAUCAGGAGGGCUUUUUCUGGAGAAGGCGGCCACUUUGGCUUAGGGACAUGUACAGACCUCUCAAUGCCACACGCAAGAAAAACAUGGCACAGAAGCUACACGACAAGGAUUCUUCUGAUGAAGAUGAGAUUUUCAACAUGGAACUAGGGGAGGCUGGCAAAGCCACAGCAGAGAAGACUCGGACCACAGAUUCCACUACUGAAGAGCUGGGUGACGAGAGUGAGACAGCAUGUGAGAUUGUCACAGAGUGAACGCCGUCCUGCCUCAGGCCACCUACAAAGUUUACUUUCCGAUACUGGCUUCUCAGCAUUGCGUAUAAAAUACUUGUUUUUCUCAUAUUAAAAUGUAUAAAUCCAUAACCAAUUCUAGCCACGUGGUAAGGAAUUAAAACGUAAACAGUUAAAUAUUUAUCUACAGACAACAGGGGCCACAGGCGAGAGAAGCAGGACUGAAGCCAGAGUCCCUCGUGGUAGCCAGUAUUUCCACAAGACACAGUAUGGGCAAAGUAGGGUGAAUGGGGCGUCUUUCCGUCAUUUCCCUGAUACGGUCAGUCUCUGGAAACUGGAAAACGUAUCUUCAAGGGGCUUAGACUAUUAAGUUAAUUAACAGCUUAUUCUGGUGCUCUCUCCCCUGGCUCACCAAAUACCAGUUAUUCACAACGCGCUUGACCCCCUGCCCAUAGAGGAUCAUCUCUCUCUGGCCCUUCUGUAAGGUCUUUGGGGUUGCCAGACUAUUUGGAUCGCUGAGCCGACCUCCACUGUAGGGCUGAGGCCUGUCUUUAUUCCAAGAGCUCAAACUCAGACACAAAAUGUGUAGUUGGAAGUAGGGUGUUCCUCAACCUUACAAGCUAGUAGAUAAUUCCCAUUGGGCUUCUUUGUUUGUUUUCUUUAAAAAAAAAAAAGUCCCCACCCUCAGAGAGCUAGCAGGGAGAUGCUGGAGGGUUAAAGAAUGUGUGAGAGCAGUAAUUACCCAGGACUGCCCUGCUCAGGCCUUUAUUUCAGAAAACUUAUUGGUGGGGGCACUUACUGUUCACCUGUACCCCACUAGCCUCUGCUGACCCCACCGAGGGUCGGAUGCGUGCGGCUGGGCUCUCUCCAGUUCAGCCCAGCACCACACCUACCACUGCUUUCCUACCCAGCUCAGAUCAGGGCUGCACGAUUCCAAGAGAUAAUGCAGCACAACGUGCAGAAGACGCAAACAUCCCUCCACUUCUGCAGAGGAGGGCGUUAACCAGUCACAUUUAGGAUGUUGGGAGGAGUCGGGGUGCCUGGGUGGCUCAGUCCACUGAGCAUCCGACUUUGGCUCAGGUCAUGACCUCAUGGUGUGGGAGUUGGAGCCCUGCAUUGGGCUCUCUGCUGUCAGCACAGAGCCCACUUCAGAUCCUCUGUCUCCCUUUCUCUCUGUCCCUCCCCCCAGCUCACACACUGUCUCUCAAAAAUAGAUAAACAUUAAAAAUAAUGAAGUCAUCUAUACUUUCUGAGUACAUGAAUGACAGAUUUUAGAAAAAGGACGUCAGAGUCAAAAUACAGUAGUGAAUAAAAGACAUCCUGAAUUAACAAGGUGUGAUAAUCUCUUUU